AGGGCGGGGCCGCGCAGGGCGGGCCGGCCGUGGCCCCGCAGCCAUGGGCGCGCUCGCCUCUGCGCUCGCAGGGCCACCCGGGGCGGCCGCCUGGACGCCGCCGGCCUGGGGCGGCGCCCGCCAGGCGGCGGCGGCCACCGCGCCACGGCCUGGACGCCAGGCACGCCUGGGCCUGCUGCUGGUGGACGCCGCCCCAGCGUCGCACCACAGUGCGCCCAGUGUUGGCGGCGCCGCGGCGUGUGCGACGGCGUGCGCCACAUUGUGCGGCGCUGCCAGGCGGAGGAGCCGGCGUGCUCUCCGGGGCGCUGGCCGCACCGGAUGCACCGGCAGGGGGGCGAAGAAGAGGAAGGGCGAGAAGUCGCCCGAGGUGGACCCUGAAGUGCAGCGCAGGAGAGAGGAGCGCAGGUUCCAGCGCGAGAGCCACAUCGGAGACUCGGGGCCAGAGGACGGAGGACAGGAGGAACUUCGCCGCUGGUACGCCGACGCGGGCUUCGACGCCCCGCCGGACGUCGGAAGACCACAGGAUCCCAAUUGGCGACGCGAGGAGAAGCUCAAGCCUCUGCCUCCAAGGCCGAUAGGGUGGUCGGACGACCCGGAGAGGUACGGGUACGACAAGGAUGGGCAGCCCCUGCCGGAGAAGAAGAAGCAACGUGCGGCCUGGAAGGAAGCCAACCGCGAGCUCCGCCUGGACCCUAGCUACGCCCAGCAGUGGGAGUUUAACCCAGCCUCGGCGAAGUUCCGAGAGGACAGCAAGUCGAACAGGAGAUUUAAACCGAAGCAGGGAGACAGGCUCGAGGAGCUCGACAAGGAGGCAGCCGAGCUGCGGUCGCUGUACCACAGGCCUCGCUUUAGCUGGAAGGGGAUCCAUGGCGACGACCUGAGCACUGCAAAGCUCAGCCCGAACUUGCCCGCGAUCGGCUUUCACGAGGUCUGGCUGUCCAAGUUCCUCUCCCAUUCCGGCGCCUGCUCCCGCCGAGACGCCACGGAAAUGGUGUUGCAGGGCAGGGUUAUGAUCAAUGGAGUGACCGUGCAGGAGGUGCAGACGAAGGUGAACCCAAAGCACGAUUGUGUGACUGUUGACGGUGUGAAGCAGAACCUUCGCACGCUUGGCGAGCUACUGUGGAUCAUGUUGUACAAGCCGAAGGGCUGCAUAUCCACAGUGGAGGAUCCGAUGGGCCGCAAGACGAUCAUGGAUUGCGUGCCUUUCGCCAGGCAGCGCCGCCUCGUCCCGAUCGGCCGCAUCGACCGGAACGCCUCUGGGCUCCUGCUCCUGACCAACGACUACGAGUGGCACACGAUCCUGUCGCACCCGCGCUACUCGCACGGGAAGAGGUACAAGGUGGAGGUCUACGGCGGCACCCCCAAUCAUGAGAAGAUGCGUGCGCUGCGAGAGGGCAUGCAGCUUCCCGACGAGAAAUACCAGCUGAACCCAGUCGAGGAGAUACAGGUGACUCGCGUGGACGAGCAGUCGGACGUCUGCGAGAUGCGCCUGACCCUGACGCAGGGCGUCUACCGGCAGCUCCGUCGCAUGUUCGAGUACUUAGG